CGAGUUGCGGCUGCGACGCGCAUCGCCUCGAGCUCGCUGCACAACACUCGCGCCCGCACUCCGACUCACACCACCGCCUCCUCGUCCCUGACCGCCGCCUCCGUCUCCUCGCAGCACACACAGCUGCGCUCCCACUCGCAGCAGCCUCUAUCAGCUGCGUGGCGCCUCAGUCCUCCCGGUCACGCACUGCGCAUCGCUGCGCCCCUGCCGCCUGAUCGCGCUCUCGAGACUCCGCUUCGGACCUCAGAAGCGCCGCCUCUCUGCUCCGUGCCUCCUCUCCGACCGCACAUCGCCAGCCGCGCCCCGCGCUGAGUAGCCCAGCAUGGACACGGACCUCAUCAAGGUCGUCAACCGGCUGCAGGAGACGUUCAGCGCCAUUGGCGGCGAUGCCGUCGACCUGCCGCAGUGUGUCGUCGUCGGCGCACAGAGCUCGGGCAAGAGCAGCGUGCUGGAGACCAUUGUUGGCAAGGACUUCCUUCCACGUGGCGCUGGCAUUGUGACUCGCCGUCCUCUCGUGCUCCAGCUCGUCCAUGUGCCCGCCUCCACCUCCGCACCGGCGCGGUCCGGCGAGGCGCCCUCUUCCUCGCCGCGGCCCACGUACGAGGAGUACGGCGAGUUCCUGCACCUCGACAAGCGCUUCACCGACUUUGGCGAGAUCCGCCGCGAGAUUGAAAACGAGACGUUCCGUGUGGCGGGGCAGAACAAGGGCGUCUCGAAGUUGCCGAUCCAUCUCAAGAUCUACAGCCCGCACGUGCUGAACUUGACACUGGUGGAUCUGCCGGGCUUGACGAAGAUCCCUGUCGGCGACCAGCCCACGGACAUAGAGCGACAGAUCCAGGGCCUGAUCACGUCGUACAUCUCGAAGCCAAAUUGCAUCAUCAUUGCCGUGUCGCCCGCGAACGUGGACCUCGCCAACUCCGACAGCCUCAAGCUCGCCCGGGCGAUGGACCCGCGCGGCCUGCGCACGAUUGGCGUGCUGACGAAGCUGGACCUGAUGGACAACGGCACGCAUGCGCUCGACAUCCUGACGGGCCGCGUGUACCCGCUGAAGCUCGGCUUCAUCGGCGUCGUGAACCGCUCGCAGCAGGACAUCAACGGCAACGUCAGCAUGGCCAAUGCGCGCCAGGCCGAGGAGGAGUUCUUCAAGAACCACCUGGCGUAUCGCAACAUUGCGCACCGCUGCGGCACCAAGUUCCUGGCCAAGUCGCUGAACCAGGUGCUGAUGGCGCACAUCCGCGACAAGCUGCCGGACAUGAAGGCGCGCCUCAACACGCUGAUGGGCCAGACGCAGCAGGAGCUGGCGUCGUUCGGCGACACGGCCUUCCUCGGCGACGCGCACCGCGGCUCGCUGAUCCUCAAGCUCAUGACGCAGUUCGCGCGCGACUUUGUCUCGUCCAUCGACGGCACGACGUUUGACAUCUCGACGAAGGAGCUGUGCGGCGGCGCGCGCAUCUACCACAUCUUCCACGACGUCUUCGGGCACGCGCUCGACUCGAUCAACCCGACGCAGAACCUGACGGUGCAGGACAUUCGCACUGCGAUCCGCAACUCGACGGGCCCGCGGCCGAGCCUCUUCGUGCCCGAGGCCGCGUUUGAGCUGCUCAUCAAGCCGCAGAUCAAGCUGCUCGAGCCGCCGGGCCUGCGCUGCGUCGAGCUCGUGUACGAGGAGCUGAUGAAGAUCUGCCACAACUGCACGAGCACGGAGCUGCAGCGCUUCCCGCGCAUGCACGCCCAGCUCAUCGAGGUCGUGUCGGAUCUGCUGCGCGAGCGCCUGGGCCCGACGUCGGAGUACGUGCAGUCGCUCAUCUCGAUCCAGGCCGCCUACAUCAACACCAACCACCCUGCAUUCGUGCAAGACUCGGCCAACAUUGCGCGCCAGACGCGCGAGGGCCACCGGCCACAGCCGCCGCUCAUCAAGGGCUCCGACAGUGGCUCGGCGUCGGGUGUGUUCGAGGACGACGAGGACGAGGCGGAGCAUGCUGUUGCGCGCCAGGCCAACGGCUUGCACAAGCCGAAUGCCAAGGGUGUCGAUGCGCGCUCGGCAUCGUCGAGCUUCCCAGACUCGUCACGAGCAGGCCCCGGCGGCCUGCACGCCGCGACGAUCGGCCAUGCGUCGGCGAGCGCCAUGAGCCGCAGUGCCGGGCGCUCCGACAACGGCGCGGCCGGCGGGCGUGAGUUCCUGAGCUACUUCUUCGGCGGCGCCUCGGGCAUGCCGGGCUCUGCUGGGCCCGCGGCUGCCUCUGGCAUCGGCCCGUCGCGCGGCGCCUUUGCCGAUCCGGCGCGGGAACACAAGCCGAACCCUAUGAGCGGACGCACGGGGCUCGAGGGCAGCAGCGCGGCGUUCGACAUGAAGAGCCUGGACAAGCACAUUGAGGCGACGCCGUCGUCUGACGAGUACCGCCUUUCCGAGCGGGAGGUGCUCGAGACGUCGCUCAUCCGCUCGCUCAUCGCCUCGUACUUCACCAUUGUGCGGCAAUCGAUCCAAGAUCUGGUGCCCAAGGCCGUCAUGCAUCUGCUCGUCAACUUCAGCCGCGACGGCAUCCAGGCGCGGCUGAUCAGCCGCCUGUACAAGGAGUCGCUGUUCAGCGACCUGCUGGAAGAGGACGAGGCGACGAACAGCGAGCGCCGGCGGGUACAGGCGCUGCUCGACGCCUACAAGGAGGCACACCAGAUUCUCUCCGAUGUGACCUUCAAGCCCUGAGCCAGCGCCAGGGUGCCGACGGGAGCGUGGUGCCGGGAUGGGCGCUAGAGAGAGAAGAGAAGGGGCCAAGCAACGGUGUUUCUCCACACUGACG